AUGAACGUGUUCUGGGUUGGUAGUGUGUCUCCCACGGUAACGAUUGCUCCUGAACAGGAGAAUGCAUUUAGAGAGGCAACCACCAUCUUUGUGGGAGCCGUUCUUACUGUGAUCGGAGACAAGCUAGUUGAUGCAUAUCUCCAUAUGCACGUUGCCAAGAAUUUGUGGGAUGCGCUCGAAGCUAAGUUCGGCGCAACCGAUGCUGGAAGCGAGUUGUAUGCUAUGGAGCAGUUUCAUGAUUACAAAAUGGUUGAUAAACAUUCUGUAUUGGACCAGGUCCAUGAGAUACAAUGCAUUGCUAAGGAGCUGGAGCUCCUGAAGUGUGAGUUAUCGGACAAGUUUGUCGCGGGUUGCAUUAUUGCAAAACUCCCUCCUGGAUGGAGGAACUUUGCUACUUCUCUCAAGCACUUGAGACGUGAAUUCUCUGUUGAGGAUGUCAUCGGUCAUCUAAGUGUUGAGCAGAACUUGAGAGCAAAGGACUCACACAUGAAAGGGGCAGAGGGUUCUUCUAGAGCCAAUGUGGUGCAGAAGAACUUCCACAAGUUCAAGGGAAAGAACUAUGUCCAACAAAAUACUACCUUUAAGAAGAAGGCUUGUGCUACUCGCUCUGACAUCUCAUUUGUUGUGUGCGAACUGAGCCGGUUUGUUUCCAAUCCGGGAGAUGUGCAUUGGCAUGCUGUUGAGCGAGUGAUGCGCUAUUUGCAUGGUACUGUGAACUACGGGAUUCACUAUUCUGGGUACCUGACGGUACUUGAGGGGUAUAGUGAUUCUAACUGGAUAUCUGAUGCUGAUGAGAUGUAA